CGAUGCAGUCGUUGUAUUGAAAAACUUUCUUUGGAAUAAUGCCAAAAUAUUCCAUUGCAAUCCUUAUACUCUCUGUUUUUGCCACCAAAGAUCCACAACCCGUGCAGGCAGCAGAUGAAAAUCCAACCAAUGCUGAAAGUUUGGAAUCAGCUCGCCAUGCAAAAACACAAGAAAUACGCAAAUAUAUGAAUGAGACGGUAGAUCCUUGUGAUGAUUUCUUUGAAUUUGCUUGCGGCAAUUGGAGAACCCAUCACCCGGCCUCGAAGAGCACUAAACAAACCCGAGCAUUUAUGAUGGCUGUCAAUGUGAUAGAUAGCAAACUUCCCAGCUUAUUGAUGGCAGAGAAUGAAACGGAUACGGAAACUGAGAUAAAAAUAAAAACAUUCUAUAAAUCCUGCAUGGCUGCGUAUCCGGUGAAUCGUAGUGUAUAUAACCAGGAACUUACAGCGAUUGCGAAUGACUUUUUUGAUAAUCCGCAAUUGUUGGGCAAUGAAACAUGGCCAGAGGAGGAAAAUUUCAAUUGGCUGAAAACGGUGGCAAACAUCUACCACAAGUAUGGGCUAAAAAUUAUUCUGGGCUAUGAUAUCAAAGCGGAUAUCAAUGAUAAGGAUGCUCAUACCAUGACCUUGACAGGGCAUAAGUCUGAAAUGCCAGACGGUACCCAUAUUGGUAUAGCUUUGCAAAGACUUCUUCGCACAGAUGGCCACAAGAGCUUUAAACUGGGCCAGGAAAUAUUUGGAUUUCACCAAGCCCUGAUGAAGAUUGCCGCCCACAACGAAGACUACACCAUCAUAGAAAUAGACGAGUUAAUAGCCAAACAUGCCGACGAAAUAGACUUGGGUUUGUACUUCAAUAUUUCUUAUGGUUCUGUACCCCAUGGUGAAAUUAUCUACAAUCCCAAACAUUUGAGCUCCCUUGUGAAACUACUCAACGAAACUCCUCGCCAAGUGGUGGCCUUGUACUUGCAUUUUCAUGUCUUCAUCGAUUUCCUUGAUAUGUGGCCAUCGCGAAAGAGCGAUUUCAAAAUGUAUUGUGCGAAUAAAAUCAAAAAGCAGUUUCCCGAUGUGGUGAGUUUCAUGUUCUAUGGAAACUACAAUGUACAAAAAGCCGAGCAACAGGUGGCCAACAUAUGGCAGGAUAUAAAAAUGUCCUUGGGAUUAUUACUUGAGUCCAGGAAUCUCAGCUGGUUUGAUGAUGAGACACGUGAGAGUGCUUUGGAAAAAUGGCAUUGGGUUCAGAUGAUGGUGCCUUCAUAUCAGGAUGGUUAUCUGGAGCAGCUAUACAAAGAUCUGGUGUUCCAGCCCCAGGCGCAUUAUCUGGAUAAUCUAAAGGCAUUAAAGACGUUUAAAGCAGCCCGCAAAAGAGCUUUAUUGAAUCAGGCACCUCCUAUGGAUCAACUUUUGAGUAUGACCACUCCCAUCUAUUCGUUAGUGAAAAAUAGCAUUCUGGUACCCGUUUCAAUGCUCAACACUUCCUACUUCUAUUCCCCCUACGACCCUGUUGUGCUACAAAUGGCCCGCCUAGGUUUUCUAUUGGGCCAUGAAAUUCUUCAUGGCUUCAGUGGUAGCGGUCGUCAAUUUGAUCGUCUGGGCCAGUAUUUUGGCGAAGCCAAUGAUGAUAUGGAACAAAUAUACCAUGAUCGCAAUGAAUGUCUGCAGGAGCAAUACCAUAAUCAAACUUAUGGUGGCAGCGCGGUGCCCCUAGGUGACCAGGAUGAAAAUGAGGCUGAUAUUGGAGGAAUUCUAUUGGCCCUGCUUAGCUAUCAUCGUUGGCGUGAGCAUGAGAAACGCACUCAAGCCGAAUUGGAUUUGGAAAUUUUACCCGCUUUGAAUUACACCACAGAUCAGUUGUUCUUCAUCUAUUAUGGCCAAACAUGGUGUGCCGAUACACAUAAAUCGGUGCGUUCUAUGAUCAUUCAAAAUGAUGAUCAUGCUCCUGACGAAUUGCGAGUGUAUGUACCGUUGACCAACUUUAAGGAGUUCUCUGAGGCUUUUCAAUGUCCUUUGGGUUCGAAAAUGAAUCCGGUGAAAAAAUGUGGCACCUAUUGAGAUCAAGGAGAGGAAACAAAUGCAACUCUUGAAAGGGGAAUAA